GUUUUGAUCUGAUUCGCACCUCCGCGAUUUUCGCAUUUCGUGUCUCGACGUGUCAGUUGCAAUCAGUUGUCGUUAUCAAACGGGCAGCGCCAAGUUCGUAAUCUCCGCCAGAAUCGCCAAGUCAGACCGCGAGAAGCACCCACCGUAGCAGCAGAAGCAGCACAGCAGCAACAACAAAGACAGAACAGACACAGAAACUGCACUCAGAAUGGCGGAAAAAGUGAACGUGUGCAUUGUGGGCUCCGGCAACUGGGGUUCGGCCAUAGCGAAAAUCGUGGGAGCCAAUGCCUCCGCGCUGCCGGAGUUCGAGGAGCGGGUGACCAUGUUCGUCUACGAGGAGCUCAUCGACGGCAAGAAGCUGACGGAGAUCAUCAACGAGACGCACGAGAAUGUCAAGUACCUGAAGGGCCACAAGCUGCCCCCCAAUGUGGUGGCCGUGCCCGACUUGGUUGAGGCCGCCAAGAAUGCCGACAUCCUGAUCUUCGUGGUGCCCCACCAGUUCAUCCCCAACUUCUGCAAACAGCUGCUGGGCAAGAUCAAGCCCAAUGCCAUUGCCAUUUCCCUGAUCAAGGGCUUCGACAAGGCCGAGGGCGGUGGCAUCGAUCUGAUUUCCCACAUCAUCACGCGUCACCUGAAGAUCCCCUGCGCCGUGUUGAUGGGCGCCAAUCUGGCCAAUGAGGUUGCCGAGGGCAACUUCUGCGAGACCACCAUUGGCUGCACGGACAAGAAGUACGGCAAGGUGCUGCGUGAUCUCUUCCAGGCUAAUCACUUCCGCGUCGUGGUAGUGGACGAUGCCGACGCCGUGGAGGUGUGCGGCGCUCUCAAGAAUAUCGUGGCCUGCGGUGCGGGCUUCGUUGAUGGUCUCAAGCUCGGCGACAACACCAAGGCGGCCGUCAUUCGGUUGGGUCUCAUGGAAAUGAUCCGCUUUGUGGACGUCUUCUACCCCGGCAGCAAGCUCUCCACCUUCUUCGAGAGCUGCGGUGUGGCGGAUCUGAUCACGACGUGUUACGGUGGCCGCAACCGUCGCGUCUCUGAGGCUUUUGUGACUUCCGGCAAGACCAUUGAGGAGCUGGAGAAGGAGAUGCUCAACGGGCAGAAGCUGCAGGGACCACCCACUGCCGAGGAGGUGAACUACAUGCUGAAGAACAAGGGACUGGAGGAUAAAUUCCCCCUGUUCACGGCUAUCCACAAAAUAUGCACAAAUCAGCUUAAGCCUAAAGAUUUAAUCGAUUGCAUACGCAAUCACCCCGAGCAUAUGCAAAAUUUGUAAAUCUCUAAAGAACGUUUUUAACACUUUUUAUGCACCACAGAGAGAGAAAGAGAGAGUAAUUGUAUUUUUUCAGCACAAGUCAAAAUCUAUGAUACUUGGGACUCCCAUGGUCCACUAACUACCCAGCCGACCAUAAGGAUUGUGUAUAGGUUGUUUGUUUAGUUAGCUAUAUAUUUCUUUCAAUCCGAUCCCACGCAUAUCCAAAGAACCACAGAUGGAAACUAACAGUCAACACCAAAGUCUGCUUUAAUUUUUAAAUUUAGUUGUUUUUUAAAACGUAACUAGCCAAGAAACAAGCGCGUGUACCUAAGCAAGGAUAUUGUAAUUUUGUGGCCACGAGUAUUAAUUACAACAGCAAUCGGAGGCAGCGAGCGGAGAGAACCUUAGUCUAAUUUUAAUCGGAUUGCGUAGAUCUUAGAUUUAACUGUAAAAAAAACAAGCGUUGUCGAAAUAAAAGCUGAUUAGUUAAA